UAUCAAUCCUAUUGCACUUCUCAGGUUGCUUUUGCUUAACACCUCACCAUCCACGUCAUCACUGUAUGUAUAUCCAUAUAUCCACGCAUAGUCCAGAUCAAACAGCUCAAGCUUAUUGCUGCUCACAAUCACGUUUCUCAGUUUUCAGCUUUUGUUUGCUUCAUCCAAUUUUACUUUGCCCGAGAUGAUUUCAGGGGUACCACCAUAUUUGCACACGUGUAUAGUGCUGUAUACUUGCAGUACGAAAGUCACCCUACAAAAGGCAUCCAUCGCCAGUUCAGCUCCCACUUUGAAAAGAAACAUUCAAUUCUCCCGCACGCAAAAGCACUUCCAAGAGUGACAGCCAGCCAGUGAUGCGAAUGUUCAAGCAUGGAGGAGAAGCUCUAGCUGUCUUGUUGCUUAGCAUGGACUGCGCGCCACAUGUGAACGCGGGCGGAUGUCAGAGGUUUUUGGUACCAUAUCCCUUUGCGGACGGCUACAACGGCAAAAUGCGCCAUGAUGGGUUUUCUAUCGCCAAGAAAGACAGCUGUCGUGUACUGCUUUACGUGGACGACGACGGUUUGACGCCAAUGUUGCAACCCUGUUCAUUCAUCGCUCACAAGGACUCUUAUCUUUGCUGGAUAGUGCAGGUCACGCACGAACUUGAAGGCUUCAUCCCGGCGCGGGCCAAAAACCGGCUUGCGGAAGACAAAAGCAUCCAAGUCUUGCACUACUGCAGCCAAGGGUGGGAGCCAACCGGCUCAGCCAAUUUCCCUCAAAACGAAGAGAUGCGGGCGGGGGUAAAGGCAUACGGUGAGUCUGUAAAAUCAAAGACACAUCAACUCUCAGAAAAGGACCUCAACCGAUUGAAAAACACAAAGGGACCCCGCGAACCUCCUUAUGUCCAAUGCGCUUACACCAGCUCCAACAAAAAGAAUGAUCUCUGGUGGCAUGUUGCAUGCCAUUAUCUGGACUGCUCGACUACUGAGCAAGGCGACCCAGCGGAUGAGGAUUGAAGGAGCCCAGUCUGAUGGCCAAAUCCAGUUCAACGACUGCAGCAUCAUGACGCGUUCAACACGCGUAAUUGCAGAGCUUCAUCCUAUAGCAGAACGUAGUUUGCUUCCUAAUUGACAUCCUUCCAAAUUCAUCGCCAUCAGUUUUGCUACUUCAGCAAUCUCUCUGACGCCUUACUGGUCAGGCUCUACUCAAGCAGUUGUUCAAUGCCCAUUUUGAAAGCAUCCGUUGGCGUAUUGAGCUUGGAACAAUACUCC